GCGCGGCCAGGCUCCGGCGCUGCGCGCGCAGCAUGGCGGGUUUUGGCGCCGUGCUCUGACGCAGACACCCGGAUGAAGGAGCGACGGUUCGGAGACUGGUGAGCGGCAGCGACGGUGUGGAGACUGGUUUCAGAAUGAGCUUUAAUUUUGGAAAUCCGGCUGCCGGAGGCGGCUUCUCAUUUGCCUCGCAGAAGACGGCCACGGGUGGCACUGGCGGAUUUUCAUUUGGCAACAAUGCUGGGGCUCCUCAAGGAGGCUUUGGCUUUGGAACAGCACAGCAGCCAGCAGCCGCUGCACCUGCCACCACCUCGGCCCCAAAUGCCAACAUGUUCUCAUUCACCACCCCAACUGCAACCACUGGCUUUGGUCUCCCAGUACAGCCAGCAGCAACCUCCACAGCUGGAUGCUUCCCAGUACAGCCAGCAGCAACCUCCACAGCUGGAGGCUUCCCAGUACAGCCAGCAGCAACCUCCACAGCUGGAGGCUUCCCAGUACAGCCAGCAGCAACCUCCACGGCUGGAGGCUUCCCCCUUGCAAUGAAUAAAGGCAGUUUAGGGGGCUUUGGCAGUGCAGCAGCCCCACCAGCCGCUGGCUUCUCCUUUGGUAGCAUGCAAGCCACGAGCGCUACUGCUCCUGCCACCUCUGCCUGCACUGCCACCACCGCUGGCUUCUCACUGCCUUCCGGAACCACUGCCCAGACCGUGGCGCCGUCCGGCUUCAGUUUUGGCGCUGUUCCGGCGCAACCAGUUCCAGGGGGCUUUGGACUCGGUGCUGUCUCCACAGUCCAGACGACAGCUACCACUGGAUUUGGGUUUACCGCUGCUCCAGCUGCCCCAGCUGCUCCAACCCAGACCACCGCAGCUGGGGGAUUUGGCUUUACCACUUGCACAACUCAACCACUGAGUGGAUUCAGCUUUGGCACUCCGGCUUGCACCACAGCACCUCCGAAACCGGCAGCACCCAUCUCCCUCGGAGCACCAGCGACAGGUUUUGCUUUUGGUGCACCUACGACUGUGUCAAGUGCGCCCACGGCAGCCCUUGCAUCUCAGAGCUUUUCCUUUGGUGCAAAGCCAGCAGGUUUGACCACAGGAGCUGCAAGUGUGGCCCCUGCAGCAGGAUCAUCUCUGUUUGCUUCAGUGGUGAGCUCGGAUCCUUCCACCUCUUCCCUGACCACUGGCUUCCCAUUGACAACUUGCACCAGUUCAGUUCCAGCUGCCUCAACAUCGGCUCCAUUUGGCUUCAAGCCAACAGGCGCAGCCUUGCCUGUGACCACAGCCACCACCUUGGCUCCCACCACAUCUGCCAUUGCUGCUACCACAAGUACCGGCUUUUCUCUGGGCCUGAAGACGCCGGUAAGUUUCUCCAUGACACCAGGUCCCACUGGGGCAGCUGCAAAUGUCAGCACCGCAGCAACCGUUCCCACCACUGCUGUUUGCACCACUGCAGCUACCAGUGCAAUCAUCAGCAGUGCUGCCACCACAAUCAGUGCCUCUCCAGUUAUGUCGUAUGCUCAGCUGGAAGGUCUGAUCAACAAGUGGAGUGUGGAGCUGGAGGACCAAGAGAAACAGUUUCUGCACCAGGCCACACAGGUCAAUGCCUGGGACCGAAUGCUGAUAGAAAAUGGAGAGAAGAUCACAGCCUUACAUCGAGAAGCAGAAAAAGUGAAACUGGACCAGAAGAGAUUGGACCAAGAGCUCGACUUCAUCCUGUCCCAGCAGAAGGAGCUGGAGGACCUGUUGGCGCCGCUAGAGGAGUCAGUCCGUGACCAUCACGGCACCAUUUACCUGCAGCACGCUGACGAAGAACGAGAGCACACAUAUAAAUUGGCAGAGAAUAUUGAUGCUCAGUUGAAGAGGAUGGCCCAGGAUCUGAAGGAAAUUAUCCAACACCUGAAUACCAGUAACAGCUCUUCAGAGAUCAAUGAUCCGUUGCAACAAAUUUGCAAGAUUCUCAACGCUCACAUGGAUUCACUGCAAUGGAUAGAUCAGAGCUCAGUCCUGUUGCAGAAGAAGGUGGAGGAUGUUUCGAAACAGUUUGAAGUGCGACGGAAGGAGCAGGAACGAAACUACAGAAUUACGUUUGACUAAACAUUGAUACUGCUUCCAAAACCUCUAUCCUUUAUCAAAAAAAAUAAAGAAUAUCAUUAUCACUUCA